AUGGGCUUUUCGACCGAGCAGGAUAAUGCUCAAAGACAGGAAGACUUGCCGUCUGAUUUGUUUGAUGGGGCGGCGAUGCAGCAGGACCAGAACGGCAUGUACCCAGGGACCGCCGAGAAGCCCAUGGAUGUCACACCGACGUCUCAAAACCCUGAGAAUCUAACGACUCCAGGGACCUCUUCUCAGAAAUGCUCUUGCAUCGAGCUGGUCAACCAGCAUUUCUCAGAUAUCGAGCGCUCACUCGAGACUUUCCAGACCCUCAAAGUUUUGAAGCAGUCUCUCGCGUCAGCAAGAACGAUCCUUGAGUGUACAGUCUGCUUCCAAUCCAUCAAGAGCCCGCGCACAUCACGAAACGUCUAUCUCCUGGGCUCUCUACUAUCCAGCAUCGGCUCCUCAUACGGCGACUUUUUCUACGUACAAAAGCAACGGACCGAGUCAUCGGUAUCUGGUACACCGAUCCGCCUUGUCGUCGGACAACAACCAGAUGCUCGGGAUGUUGUAGAGCUUUCUCUCGAGGGGCCGAGCUACAUUGCCUUUCUACAAGCGAGUCUGAAAGGAGAGUUGGAUUGUCUUGUGAAAUUGGGUGAAGGAUUGGCGACGAGACAGAGCCAGCUCCAUACCGAAGGUCACGAGAACUGCGAGACGGGGACGAGCUGUUCAAAUACUGAGUCACUGCCGACGACGAAACAUCCAACCGAGGUGUGUCCGAAGGAAGUUGACAUGACGACUGCUUGUGCAUGCUUCAGGACAGUCGAUCAAGUCAAGGCCGCAAUAGCAGAGGCGCAACGAAUCAUCUCUGUGUGA